AUGGCGAGCGCCCCUGCUGACCAGGUGCAGUCGCUGGGGCAGGUUGCGCACGGCGCCGAGGGAGACGGCAAGCUCACCUUUGAGGAGGCGUCGUUGAUGGUCAGCGGCGGCAGGUUAGACUACCACCCCUCGAAGUGCGUCAAAAAAGACAGGUUGGCUUUCGCUGGUGACCUUUCUAUCUUCGACCUUCCACUGCUACCGAUCGCGAAUUCGAGUGCCGCGAAGUUGGUAGCUUUCGCCGACGUGGCAUCCAACUACGAGGGCCCGGUUGACUUCGACAAGGUGCACGAGUUGUGCGCACGGGGUAAGUUCAAGGAUUUGCAGGAGCUGCUGCCGCUCAAGCAGGAGCCCGUCGUCCUGUACACGAUGCCGAUCUUCGUCGUUCGCCAGAAGCCAGAAGACAGCGAGUGUUCGGCAUACCGCAUCCUCAAGGUCGUUUCUUUCGAGAAAAACAGAGUCGAUUCUGCGACCGUCCUCGAAUGUGCUCGCGGAGAGGCCCACAACAUCGACUACGGCAAAAACUUUCGGACGGGGUCGAUUGCGUUCCAGUUCAUGCUGGAGAAGCUCGAGGGCUAUCAAAUACGGUACUUCACGAUCAAGCCGCAGCACGAGCGGAAGCAGCCGCUAGAGGAGGGCGAGCGCGCGCAAGGUCACACGUUCAUCCGUGAACACGGCCCCCGCGGCAAUAACAGGAACCAGUUCAUGGAAUGGGCUGACGCAGCGGUCAACAGGGAGGGUUCGAAGAUAUCCGGAUGGCCUGCGUCCAAGGUGGAGACUGCGCUGCGCAACUGCCAGAAAGGCAGGACGAAUGCCAAACCGAUCUCGCGCUGGAGUUUGACACUGAAAGACUUCUCUGGCUGGUUCCUCAAUGGCGUCCUCCGCCUGAUGAUUGGCGCGCUCCACGUGCGCGGGAUGGUGUGGGUCGGAAAGUCCAGAGUUGGCAAGAGCAACGGUUCGAAGACGCUUGCUUGGGUUCAUUCGGCGCGCAGCAUACAGAAGAAGGGCACCGCCGAUGAGAUCGCUUUCCUGACGGCGAAGUACAUGGACUUCUUCAAGGGCGAGCCGACGACGGAAAUCCUCCCUGGCAUUUUCGACGACGGCCUGCUUCAGAAUGUAUCCGCUGAUGUGCUCACGGCUAUCUUGAAACCCCAGGAAGAGGACGCCCUGCUGUGGGCUCGGUGGGGCGGCUGCGCUUUCGAGCAAGGGUCGCGCAGACAGGCCGUCGCGAACCCCUACGACCGCGACGCGGAGAAGGCGGCGCUGGAUGCCGCGACGCUAACCAGGCACGGCCUCGACCUGCUCAAGCGCAUCAUCGCGCCGUCUCUGGGGGGUGUCAGGACAGAGGAGGACUUCAACGCCAUCCUCGCCAGGGCGCACGUCAUCGUGGUGACGGACCUCGGCGUGCAUUGGCGCGCGGCAUCCGCCAACCUGCAGGAUGGUGCAGAGUUCAUGCCGUGGCCCAACCCCAGGAGCCCCGACCUCUUCGUCAGCGAAGUGCGGGACACGACGUCGCCAGCCAUCCGCCCGCUCCCCUCAGACUACGCCGAAAAGAAGGCUUGGUCGAUUGUGUACAUGAGCGAUGUGGUCGCGGGCCUUGACGUGCCCACUAUUGCGACUGUCCAUGUUGCUCCUAUCUUCGGCGAUGGCCCUGCGCGCGUUGUCUCCGCUGUCGGCAACGUUUCAGGGUUCGAUCCAGGCGCGGCCAGCGCUCCGCCAGAAGGCCGCGGCCGCCUCGGCGUUUUCCCAGCCGCCAGCCGAGUUGUCCCAGGAGGAGGACGUGUUCGCCUGCGGCGGCGGAAUGGACGAACCGCCAGAAGACAGCUCGCGCGCCGCCAGCUCCGCGCAGCCCAACAUCGUUGGGCGUUGCGGCGAGCUCACCAAGGAGGACCAGGACGAGCAGCUCGCGAUUUUCAAGAGCCUCGCCAAGGCGCACCGCGGUGCGUUCGAGGACUUGUCCUCGCCUCCGCCAGUGAAGAGGGCGAGGGGGCUCAUGAUGGGCUGCGGUGUUCCGUUGUCGCCCGUGGAUGCCGAUGA